CUUCGACUCUCCCGAUCGUUCAGUGCGGCGAUUGGCGCACAACAUAACGCGCCAUGUGAGCAGUUUUCGGAACGACCUCGUCGUAGCUGGAGUAAAGCAUUUGCGGUGAACUUACGUAUCUUUUAGUGAAUUUAUCACAAAAAAAAAAUAAAAAUAUAAAUAAAUUUAAAUGAAAAAAUAAAAUGUUUUAAUAAAAUUUUUGAACUUUCAAAUUCUUGUGUGAUGUGUUGAAAUGUUUUUGAGUCGUCUUUUGCGAUUUCUACUACCGCUUUUGUUGCCACUUGUAGUGAGUGGCCGCGAAUUGCAGCCGAUAAAAAUUGGUGCUAUAUUCUUUGAAAAUGAAACCGAUAUUGCGAGAGCAUUCGAGGCGGCCGUGGAACGCGUAAACAGUGCCGCGGACACCACAUUUCGCUUGCUGCCUUUGGUGCGGCAAUUAGGCGAAAACACGGCAAGUACAGCGCUGCAGCGUGCCGCAUGUGAUAUGGUAGACAAUGGGGUCACGGCUAUUUUCGGACCGAGUUCAAAAGCGAAAAAUGACAUAGUUGCUGUUAUUUGCAAUGCAACUGGUAUUCUGCAUAUACAGUUCGAUAUGGCAUUCGAGGAAACUGUCGAAGAGAAAGAAAAUCAUCAAAUGACGGUGAAUGUCUAUCCUUCACAACUGGUUCUAUCCAAAGCAUAUGCAGAUAUUAUACAAAGCCUUGGAUGGCGAAAGUUUACUGUUGUUUACAAUGAAGAGGAUGUGCAUGCACCGACACGCUUGCAGGAUUUAUUACAACUGCAUGACCUGCACAACGAUGUGGUGCGUGUACGUAAAUAUAAACGCGAUGAGGACUUUCGCAUACUGUGGAAGAGUAUCAAAGGUGAACGUCGCAUAGUGUUGGACUGCGAACCGGACAAACUUGUUGAUCUACUGAACGCCUCCAUACCAUUCGAUUUAACUGGCGAAUUUAAUCAACUAUUUCUUACGAACUUGGAAGUUCACAAUAGCAACUGGGAAGAUUUGCGUGACAAUGUGAGUUUCGCUGUUAAUGUAACAGCAGCACGGCUUUUACUUACCACAGAGACUAGCGAUGCCAGCUAUUUACAAGACACAGUUACUGACGAUACUUCAAUGGAGCAGCCACCAGACACAUUACUUACAAAUCUCAUAGACGAUGCAGUUAGUGUUUUCGUAAUGGCUAUUAGAAAUAUGUCCAGAUCCUAUAUGUGGCCUAUUGAAAUGCCAAGUACAAGUUGUGCUUCUACACAAUUUGAAAAUAGUGGAACGGAAGGCUUCGGUGAAGAAUUUGAGAAUUCCCAAACACGCAGUUUUGGUGAGGUGCUCGUAAGCACUAUGAAAAAGAUUUCUGGUGUUAAUAAUACGGACUUCCGAACUUCGGAUCUACAGUUUGAUGAAGACGGUUUGCGUUUCAGUUUUAAUAUAGAAGUAUACGAACCAAUUCUUAAUUAUGGCAUGUUAAUUUGGAAUUCUAGAGGUCAUAUAACACUGUUACAUGUGGACGAAGGUGUGAGCAAAAAGAUUGUAUACCGUAUAGCAACGCGGAUUGGAGAGCCAUAUUUCAUGAUAGAUGAAGAAGCUGCUGCAGCGAAUGCCACAGGAAACAAACGUUACAAGGGCUAUGCAGUGGAUCUUAUAGAGGCAUUGGCAAAUGAAAUGAAGUUCGAGUAUUUAUUCGUACCAGUUGUCGACAAUGCUUAUGGAAAAUACAAUAAAGACACAAAACAGUGGAACGGCAUCAUUGGUGAACUUAUCAAUAAUGACGCACACAUGGGAAUAUGUGACCUGACAGUAACACAAGCGCGUAAGACUGUUGUAGACUUUACAGUGCCCUUCAUGCAAUUGGGCAUCAGCAUUCUGGCUUAUAAUAUUCCACAAGAACAGAAGCACGUCUUAGCAUUCUUGGAUCCAUUCGCUGUAGAAGUUUGGUUGUACGUUAUGACUGCGAUAUUAAUUAUUUCCUUUAUGUUCGUGUUUGUAGCAAGAGUGGCUAAAGCUGAAUGGGAGAAUCCACAUCCAUGUGAUAGAGAACCCGAUGCUUUGGAAAAUCAAUGGCACAUAGCUAAUACAUUUUGGCUAACUAUGGCAUCUGUGAUGUGCGCUGGUAGUGAUAUUUUACCAAAGAGCCCUUCAAUGAGGACUUUAACGGGAUUUUGGUGGGUUUUUGCGAUUAUAGUCUCAAACUCCUAUACAGCAAAUUUAGCUGCGUUUCUUACAAACUCUCAAAUGCAAGGCACUAUUUCCGACAUAAAAAGUUUAGCAUCGCAGACAAGUACAAAGUUUGGAACAAUGGAGGGGGGCAGCACUUACACAUUCUUUUCAGAGUCAAAUGAAACUACAUAUCGUUUGGCUUUCAAUAUCAUGAAUGGUGAUGAUCCAUCAGCCUAUACCAAAAGCAAUGAAGAGGGAGUAGAAAGAGUGAAGAAAAUGGAGGGUAAAUAUAUGUUUCUAAUGGAGACAACAAGUUUAGAGUAUAACAUAGCGCAGAAUAGUAGUCUACGAAUGGUAGGUGAAAAGUUUGGAGAAAAACACUACGCGAUAGCUGUGCCCUAUGGGGCUGAGUAUCGCUCAAUGUUGAGUGUAGGUAUUUUGAGGCUGAGCGAACGUGGAGAAUUAUUUAAGAUAAAAAAUAACUGGUGGAAACCAAACGAAAAUCAGACUACUGAUUCGAAAGAAAGUACUGGAGAAACUCCUGACAUGAAUUUUGAAGAGGUCAGGGGUAUUUUUUAUACACUCGGAAUUGGACUUUUUAUUGCCUAUUUAGUUGGCGUUAUUGAAUUUUUAAUACAUACACAAAAAGUUGCAGCGGACGAAAAGCUGUCGUUUAAAAAGGCUUUUAUAAAAGAAGUGAAGUUUGUUCUUUGCAUCUGGAAUAAUAAAAAACCGAUAAGUUGUACACCGACUGCAAGUCUUGGGUCAAUGGUUUCAGUAAAGACACCAAAAUUGACACCGAAGAACACGCCAGAGGAAUCAAUGGAAGAGUUACAGGAUUUACAGAAUAUGACCGGAGCCAAUACAAGCAGCCGUAAGAAAGAAAAUUCCGCUUAUAGCCAUGGUGGGAAUAAUAUUGCUUCCAGUAAUGUGACAGAAAAUGUGUCAAAUGUUUAAAGAUGAAGUAUUUCGAAAAAAUGGAAAACUGAAUUAAAUGAUCUAUUAUUCGAGAAUUGCUUCAAGA